AGAAAAAAAGGCAUCCAAAUCAAAAACUGACCAGCUAGAAGGGUUAAUAUUGCCUGUGCUUCAGCAUACAAAGAAGAGGUUGGCAGCUGUGGAGUUCCUUGGCAAAACGUUGUUCAAUUUUGAGGAGGAUUCUUUUGAAAUCUGACGGGAACAUUUCUACAAAAUAGUUUUUACCUCUGGUUCUCUGAAAUCUCCAGCGGAAAUUGGGUUUGACCUUGAGUUGUGUGGAUAUUGGGUUAACUAGAGAAGAUCUUCCGACUACUAGUAUAGAGGGAAGUGAAGAGAUUAUGGCACCAGUUCUCUCCAACAUGAGUAAUAUGUCCAUGGAUGGGGCUGUGUGUAAGAGGUGUGCAGAAGGUUUUGGCCCAGAAGAGAAGAUUGUCAACUCCAAUGGAGAGAUUUGGCACACACAGUGCUUUGUUCUAGCUGGCAAUAUGCCAAUACAAAACACUGCAGUUUGCCAGAAAUGUAGAGAAGGCAUAGAUACGAGUGAGUCCAUGGUCAACUACAAUGGCCAAGUGUGGCACCCUCACUGUUUCUCGUGUGCCCAGUGCUUCCAACCUUUUCCAGAUGGGAUAUUUUAUGAGUUUGAGGGACGCAAAUACUGUGAGCAUGACUUCCAUGUGCUGUUUGCCCCUUGCUGUGGAAAAUGUGGGGAGUUUAUCAUAGGUCGGGUCAUAAAGGCCAUGAACAACAGUUGGCAUCCAGAUUGUUUCCGCUGUCACACCUGUCGCAAUGCACUCGCAGACGCUGGCUUUGUCAAAAAUGCAGGAAGGGCACUAUGUAGAGAGUGCAAUGCCAGAGAGAAAGCUUCAGGAAUGGGGAAAUAUGUCUGCCAUAAGUGCCAUGCUAUAAUAGAAGAAGGAUUUAUCAGACAUAAGGGGGAGGUCUUUCACCCAUAUCACUUCAAUUGUACCUCUUGCGGGAUUGAGCUGAACGCCGAUGCUCGUGAAAAAUCUGGCGACCUCUUCUGCCUGCGUUGCCAUGACAAAAUGGGAAUUCCAAUCUGUGGUGCAUGUAGACGACCAAUUGAAGAGCGUGUGGUGUACGCACUGGGCAAGGCCUGGCAUGUUGAGCAUUUUGUCUGUGCCAAGUGUGAGAAACCUUUCCUUGGACAUCGUCACUACGAGAAGAAAGGGUUGGCGUACUGUGAAGUCCACUACCAUCAACUAUUUGGCAACAUUUGCUUCACAUGUAACAAUGUCAUAGCUGGAGAUGUCUUCAGUGCCUUGAACAAGUCCUGGUGUGCCCACCACUUCGCCUGCUCAGUCUGCGACAAGAAAAUGAGUCAGAAGACCAAGUUUUUUGAGUUUGAUCUGAAGCCUGUGUGCACCAAGUGCUACGAGAGAUUCCCCACUGAAUUGAAAAAGAGGCUGAAGAAAUUGUACGAUGCUCAGAACAAGAAAUAAACAGACAUUUUAUUCCUGAAUGACAUAAUCGAUGGAGGAAAUGAAUGAAUGGUGUAUGCAAAAGAAGAUGCGAUACCAUAAAAAAUUUUAAAAGAUUAGCAGCCAACUUUGCAUCUGCUUACAACUUAAAGAUGUAAAGAAAAUAGUAGAUGCCAAAUGCCAAGAAAAGGCCCUUUUUAAAAAAGGGUUUGAAGUAUAUAUGGCUUAAUAUCAGAGCAUAAAGUAUAUGCUUAGCGGCCUUAAGUGUAAAGAGAUGGUAGAAAGAUUACUUUAGCUCUUGAAGCACAGAAGAAGAGGAUUGAAGAACUGACCAGUUGCAGGUUAAACAAGUUUUGACCAAAUACAUAAAAGACUGUAAGCCUGAAAAUUUGUCUAAACUUUUAGACCAAAAAUUUAGUCUUCUUUAGGGCAGGAAAAAUUCACAGUAAUCGAAUUAGAUGAAGUGAGUUUCAGUCUAAAACAUUAGUCAUAUCUAAUAAAAGAGGGAAGGUCAAGGAGAAUGACCACUGUGUGACCACUGCAAGGUGACAGAAAUCGCAGAUUGUUUAAAUAUUAACACAUUUGUGGCCUGUGUCACAAAUUGUCUGUCAAUUUUGGGGCUGAACUUGGGCUGCUAAAUUUGCAUACUGUUGCUGUGUAGCUCAGUCAGCCAAACAGCAAUAUUGGUCUAGGAGCUUAUUUUGAACAGUUGCCUUACAAUGGAUAUAGUUUAUGUAGCUUAAUGGCCUGUGUCACUGCUGUGCGUAAAAAAAAACAAACAUUGCCAUGGCAACAUUAAAAGUUAGACCAACGACAAAGUUUGAGGCAUAAAGAAAGGGAAAACGGGUUUACAACCAUGGCGAAACCCUAAAAAGUCAUAGAGCAAGAUUUUUGGCAGUUUUUGCGAGUGGGGUUCAUAGUCGAGUCCUUUACAGCCUCACUUAUUUUUGGAGCCUUGACCUUAUUAGUUUUAGGCAAAUACUAAACUAGCCAAAAGUAGUGGCAAUGUUUAACAACGAUACUGCUGAUUAUGCUAAAUGCAUAUAUAUGUAUGUGUGAGCCAGUGUAACGUGUUGUAUAUGAUACAGAUAUAGCAUUGUGUAGUGAGCUUGUUCACUGUAUGGUAACUACUCACAAGUUUUGAAUACCCUGUGUAGUAAGUCCAUUUUAUAAUUUAAAGGUUUUGAAUUGUAUGCACGGGUAAAACUGGUGUAGCAUAGCUGAACUCGGCUCUCUAUUUAAAAUGCGUUUUUUUUUUGUUUUGUUUUUUUUUUUGUUUUGAUGAAAACAUUUAUAUUUCUUUAAGAAAGUUUAGUUAAAGCCUAGUGAAAAAAAUUCAGGGUGCGUGACCCAUGCUCAGCGUAAGUAAUGCACGCAUUAAAGGAGACAUUAUAUAAUGGAUUUGGUCAUUUUGAGUUUUAAUAGAAUCAUGAAAGUAUGUUACUUUAUGUGCUUUGGGAUAUACAUUGUAACUCUAGAAAUGAUAUUUUUUUGUAGUAGAAGCAAUGGCAUGUUUAAGUUUUCCAGCUGAUGUUAAUAUGAAUGCCAGUCACAUUUAUGUCAUUGUUAUUUAUAUUGUAUUGUUAGUUUUAUUAUUAUAUAUUAUACUGUAACAUUGUCCCUGAAA